AUGGUCCUGAUAAGCGUAGAUCGAGUACUAGCUCUUCAAUUUCACAUGUCUUACAGAACCGUAGUUACUUCGCCUCGCGUUAUAGUCACCAUGAUUUUAAGUUGGCUUUUUCACUUUCUUUUCUCCUGUAGUACCAGAUUCUUCAACUGGAAUGUACAAUUUUGUGUGAGCUGCGUUCUCGUCGGCAUUUACAGCAUCGUUGCCGCAAUUGCUUACAUUUACAUCUAUCGCAUCGUUCGUCGCCAUCAGUUGCAGAUUCACAUUCAACAACAAGCUAUUCAAGGUUCCAACAUGGCGGAAGUGAAUACUCGCAUCAUGGUCACAGGAAAGCGAACUACUGUAAACACGUUUAUCUUUUACAUCUGUACAUGUUUUUGUUAUCUUCCAUGGCUCAUUUGUCGAUUGUCUACAUCACCAUGUUUUGACUUAGCAACCUUGGUUUUUGCAAAUUCUGCCUUAAACCCUCUGUUGUUUUGCUGGCGUCUUCACGAACUUCGAACAGCAGUUAAAAAUCUGUUAAUGAAGGCAACAUGUCACCAACGAGUAGAAAACUAAAUCAUUGAUAUCAAAAUGGAAAUAAAUAGAUGCAUAAUAGUAAAAAAUAACUUAGUUCCGGCAUAUGCAUCAGACAGUUUAUCAUUGUAACACGUGUAAGAAUAAUCUUGGAAAGGCAGACGAUUUUUCUUUAAGUAUCAUGAUGGCAAAUAUAGUAGAAGGUACACAGGACCUUUUAUUUGGUCUUAACUGCAUAAGUCCAUCAAAUCGGCUGAAUCAGCUAGCGCUUUUAAAAGACAAAUAAGAAAGCUUGACCUGACAGAUAUCACAUCCAGUCAAUGUAAAGAUUGUUAUUUACACUAUAGCUUUCCCUCAUUAGUUUUGCUAAAUAUGUUUCGUGAUGGAAUAUAGACUGUGAUAGGUAAUUGAGCGUAAAAUGGAAACGAAUGGGAGAGAUUUUAAUUUAUUUAUUAGCUUGUAUUCUUUGUAUUUCUAAUAUUUAUUAAUAUUCUUAUAAUUAUAUCUUAGAGAUAUCUGAGCUUAAACUGGAAACGGAUGGCUUUCAAUUUGGAUUCGACUUUGCUGACUCCUUUGCAGCCCUUAUCUUUGGCAAGUGCCAACUGACAUCAUUACAGUUGUUCGCCAUAAUCCACAUGUUUUUAAAAUUCUUAAUUUAUUAAGGUCAGGAGCAGCCAAGCAAUAUCGUUAUCAUCAGCAUACAUUCUCAAGUCAAUUUAGGAGAUCGUUAAUUUCUUUCACGUAAAGGUAAAAUAUAUGACGGACCUUCGAUGGAGAAUCAGAAUCACGUUUAUAACAGAAGGUUAAUGGCUUGAUAUUCAGAUCCUACUAUAAUAAUUAAACCGCAAGUUCAAGUUUUCUGUGAGUCAAAUAGACAUCUCGGCGCUAGCUGCCUCAUUGACCUUAAAUUACUCGACCUUUGAGCGUUAUUGUUAAUUAAAGAGAUUCAAAAUCACGUUCACAACAAAAGGUGAAUAUGAUAUCCAGAUUGGCAAUUUUUCAAAUGAAGAAAUGUGUAGACAAAAAGAGUCCAAUUUAGUUCUUAUGGAUGAAACUGCAAUGAAACUCGUUUUUAGGGUACGUACGAUCAUGAGGCCGACCGUAAACGAAAUGGGUAAAGGGAAAUCUUGGUCACGUCGUCGAACAACAACGACAACCGUCUACUGCCGUAAACGUGAUGCCAAAUCACUCUGUUAUUUCAGCUGCGUUAUUCUUACUCACACCAUCAUGUGGGUGGACAACACGUCCGAUCAGAAAAUAAUAAGGGGAAGUUAUGUUUUGAAGGAUAAGCUCUUAUUCCUGUCAUAAUGUUCUAAUAUCUAAGUCAAUCUUCAAACCUCUUUUGCAUAUUAAAUAGUGAAUUGACGUGAUAAAAACUCAUGAUUAAAAAUAAAGAAAGUCAAACUCCACUAGUGAACUAGAACUGACAGCCAGCAUCGCGUGAACCUGCACCUUGGAAUCGAUUUCAAGUUUGGAAAUGAAUGCAUCAACAUUUAAUGACUCUAAUAACUACUCUGGAACUUCAAGUUCGAAUUCAUCCAUUGUCAUCGUUGACUGUGUCAUAAAUGUUCCACUGAUGUUGGUCGCAAUUUUUGGUAACUCCUUAGUGUUAACAGCCAUCGUAACUUCUCCUUCUCUUCGUUCGCUGCCUCCCAUGAUUUUGCUGUCUGGACUGGCUGUUUCAGAUCUUACAGUUGGCUUAAUAAUCCAACCGAUUUACAUUGCUCGACAACUUUCAGCUCAUGACUUUAUAUUGAAACUGUCACGUAUGAUGGCCACUGCUUUGUGCAGUGUAUCUCUUUGCACAAUGGCACUAAUAAGUGUGGAUCGAGUUCUAGCUCUUCAGUUUCACUUGUCUUACAAAACUGUAGUUACUUCGACUCGUGUAAUGUGUACUAUUAGUUUGAAUUGUCUUCUUCACUUCCUUUUGUCGAGUGUUCUAUUCUUCGAUAAGAAACUAUCUUCUUUUGUUAGCUGUGCUUUAAUUGGCAUGUACAGUGCAGUUACAACCGUCUGCUACAUUCAUAUCUAUCGCAUCGUUCGUCGCCAUCAGUUACAGAUUCGCACAGGGCGACAAGCUGUCAACAUGGAAGCGAACACUCACAACAUAGUGUCAGCAAAACGCGCUGCUCUAAACACUUUUAUAUUUUACAUUUGUACAUGUUUGUGUUACCUUCCGUGGUUUGUUUGUCGUUUGCUUACUGAAGGCAACCUUCCUACCUCAUAUUCACUUUGCAUUUUAACAACCACUUUGAUAUUUGCAAAUUCCGCCUUAAAUCCACUUUUGUAUUGCUGGCGUCUCCAUGAACUUCGCGCAGAAGUUAAGAAACUUAUUAAGAUAUUAAUAAUAAAGAUAACAUUUUAACAAUCAAGAGGAAUGAAGCUUGUGAAAUGUUCAUUUUUUUUUGGCAUUGUCGGGGGCUUAGUUGAAUGGAUUGCCAAAUGGAGUCGAAAUGACCUUUGUAUUAAAAUUUCUUUUAACUUGGUGUAUGUAAAUUUAGAAAAAUGUAUUUGUAAUUGAUCAACUUAAAAAAUAAUGAAAAAGUGUUUUUUCUUAUCUCUGGGCUUAAUAAGAAGAUCAUUAAUAAUUAAUGAUGCUAUUGUCUUGAUAAUAUUUCAUGGGUGUUAAAGAGAUUCAAAAUCGCGUUCACAGCAAAAGGUACUGGAUAUCAUAUCCAGAUUGGCAAUUUUUCAAAUGAAGAAAUGUGUAGAUAAAAAGAGUCCAAUUUAGUUCUUACGGAUGAAACCGCCAUGAAACCCCUUUUUUGGGUAGGUAUGAUGAAGAACCGUAAUGUUUUAAUGUCUUUGUUUUUGUGUUGUGUCCGGGCUCCAUUGUAAACUAGCUCUGCUAAACUGAAUGCCCCUGGAUAAAUAUUGAAUUAAAAAAUAAUAAUAAAAAUAAACGAAAUGACUGAGGGGAUAUCUUGGUCCAUUGUCAAAUAACGACGACAACCGUCUACUGCUGUAAAAGGCGUGAUGCCAAAUCACUCUGUUAUUUCAACAACACAGACAACACGUCCGAUAAGAAAAUAAUAAGGGGAAGUUAUUUUCUGAAGCUUGAGCUCUUAUUUCUGUCGUAAUGUUCUUAUUUCUAAGUAAAUCUUCAAACUUUUUUUGCAUACUAAACAAUGAAAUAAAGUAAUAAAAACUCAUGAUUAAAAAUCAAGAAAGUCAAACUCCACUAGUCAACUGAGAACUCUUAGCCAGCAUCGCGUGAGCCUGAAGUAGCGACAUAUGUGAUUACUUGCACCUUGGAAUCGAUUUCAAGUUUGGAAAGGAAUGUAUAUUAACAUUAAUUAACAAUUAAUGAAUGAGGCUGAGUAUGAAGAAUUAUGGAGAUCGAGGAGGGUGUUAUCCAUCGAGGCCGUAGGCUCUCUCUUCCGGCAAUGGGCCCAUUUUCUGCGUGCAAGGUCCAACUCGCUGUUUUUGGCAAGCUACGCAUCUUCUGAUAACACGUUUGACUUCUCGUCUCCCCUGGGUCAGCCAAAUUUUCUGUCUUAAGGUUCACAAUAUGCUUUCUGGGCCCGCAUGUAACAUGACCUUGUGUAGGUCUUGUACCAUUUGCGACUUCGGGAUGUCCGUCAGGCAAUAUUAGUCGAUGCUUGGUCUGUUCAAGUAGAUCAGCAAACUGCAGUCGGCCACCAGCUCUUAUACGGAUGAUAGAUACGGGUCUUGUUUGAGAAGGCGACUGUUCUUGGGAAGUGUUUGUCUGGACUUGAGGAACUGGUAAUCUUCUUUAUAGACUUCUCCCUGUACCUAUAACACUUAAUCUCCGCCUUCUUCACUUCUUCUACCGACAGUUCGCUUUCAGGAGACUUACAUUUGGUGUUGAACAACUUGACUGCUCUCAGUACAUAAGCGGUUACUCGAAUCAACUUUAACCAUGUCCCGUAGCGCGACAUAUCAAUUAACGGCUCUCUAACGACAGCUGUACAACCAUGAGCAAUUUUCCUUUCAUCUUCGAGUAUUUCCAGAGGGAACAGUUCCACCUUGGGACUGAACGGGUAAAGGUUUGUCACUCGAAGACUGCCACCGAGGUGCAUUCCACCAUAAGGUACUGGCAAUCAUAUCACCACAGCUCAACCCACGCGUCAACAAAUCGGCAGGAGUUUCCUUACUAGUACAGUACCUCCAACACUCAGGAUCCCACGUGGACUGUAUUUCUGCCACUCGAUUCGCCACGAAUGGUUUCCAACGAGAACUCUGACCUUUCACCCAAUGUGGUGCCGCCAUGCUAUCAGUCCAACACACAAAACUACUCACUUCCUUAGGCAAAGUGUCUACAACAACUUCAACAAACUGGCAUUUACGACUGCUGCUAAAAGUUCCAGUCUGAGUAGUGACACUUUCUUGAUAUGUGCAACUCGCUACUUAAGAAUAAUUUGAGUCAUUUAUAACGUUUUUUUAAAAUUAUCUAUCACGGCUAUUGAAAAUUUAAAGUUUGAAAUAUAUUUUCGUUUUAGUCGAAUUCAAACAUACAGAAUUUUUUACUUCUUAGGGAGAUUGUUUGCUAAACACCAAACUUUAAGUUCCUAGUGUUGGACUUUCAGUAGCAGGUCUAGAACACACAAAAUUCGGCUUUUAUCAAUUUCAAAGUUUUUUGUUUAUUGUUGUCAUAGUAAUAUCGAUUUUACUUAAAACUACAUUUUCAAAAAUUUCAAUCCAUAGCCAGUUACUGGUGAAAAUUUUAUAGCCAUCGGAUAAGGAAAAAAUCACUUUUAAGGCUACUGAAAAAUAUCGGUAUGGCCUCUGAAAAAAAGGAGACGAAUUUCGUUGAAAGGAAGCAUGAUAAAUUUAAAGAGGCGGUCAGAAAAUGAGAAAUGCCAGAAAUGUGAGCGGUACUAAGGUGAAAAUGAGCGGCAGUGAAAAAAAGUGCACAGGAAUUCAUGCGGUAUUUCCAUCAUGAAACGUCUAUAAAUUAGGACGUUUAAUGUUGUCGUCGAGCAAAACAACGGCAAAUGAAUGUACAAAAAAGUGUGCUGCAGUGCAUGCAAAGGUGCUCUUAUUUUGCUAAUAGACCUCUUUAGCUUGUAAGUUUUGUUUUCCUCAUACAGGUCAUGUGAUAAAUACUCUAGAGCCAUUGGUUUCUUUCAGAUUUCGUCUAAAAAAAAGAGUGUGUUCCUUUCGGUGAAUCCAAAAACGGAUUUUAGAUCUAAAAACGGAUUUCGCGUUCCUUUCGGCAAAUCCAAAUCCGGAUUUUUGAUCUGGUGAAUCCUUUUUGAAAAAGCAUUCAUUGGAUUUGAAAUCCGAGGAAUCCAAAUCCAGAUUAACGGAUUAGUGAUCUACGCUGUUUCAUUCACAGUGGAUUCGAAAUUAGUCAGAUGAUCCAGCGGUAUUUCCAGUUGAAGUAUUCCCAUAGAGGCCGUAGAGUUUCCUCGUUACUGUCAUUUUCCGCAAAACAUCUGAAACCAUUAGAAGAUUGUUCCUGGUACAUUGAAAUAUCCAUUUACUAACCAUUUGUCUCUAAAGAUUGCUUGAAAUCAGAAAUAAGUAAAAGUAACAAAUGAACUGCUAUCUAACUACAAACUCGCUUGUAGACGCGACCGGCAUUCGAUCGUGCUACAUAAAAAAAUCCGAGCUAUUGAACUGGAUCAAACUGGCCGACAUUCUUUAGAUAAUUUUCAAUUUUAAUGCGCUUCUUUCUUUGUCUGUUUUAUAUGUUCCAUCGUCGCUAUUCGAACUGCCGACCACUAAAUUCUGCACGGUAUAAUCGCAUAAUUUGUCAAACAGUAGAAAACACGUCAUUUUUUGAGAGGCGGUCGUGCAUAUUGCACGCGUUGGCGAAAGGUUACCAAGGUUACAAAUCCAAUUUCGGAUUUCACGUUCCUUUCGACCGAGAAAUCUGGGAAAUCUAGGAUCAAAAAUCCGUUUUUGGAUUCGCCGAAAGGAACACACCCUAAUAUUCAAGUGCAUAUGUACGCAUAAUUUAUGAAAAGACAAAGGGCGAAAACAAAACAUUCAAGCUAUAGUAAAGAGGUUUAGUAAACCUAAUGAUUUUUUGCAGUUUUCCUUCUUGUCACUGUUUAGCAUUACACGAGUUCAUUUUUUUUUUUGAGUAAACUUUAAGUAUAUAUUAACAAGAGUUUCGCUUUUAGCCAUUAAUCUAUUCAUUAAAUUGAGUGCUACUAGCUUUUCCUAAUAGACAGCUAUUAAGAGCGACGUUCAGGAAAUAUCGACCAUCGAGUGGCAAGAGUUGACAAAUCGAUUUCCUUCAUUUUUUGCCCAUAAAGAGCUUUUAGGUAGAUAAGUAAUCUGACGUAAGUUGUUCUUGCAAAAAGCCUUUUAUGUUCGAGAAAAGUAAGAAUGUCAGUUUUCGUGGUCGGAGUCUCAAAAUGGCCGUAUUUUCAACCCGAAAUUUGCUAACAUCAACUCUCCUCGCGUUCGCAAAUAAAGCCGCAAGGAGAAAUUUGGACACUUUCCAUCAAUAGAACAAAUCUUCUUCUUCCACUAGAAGAUACCGUGAUUCCGCGACUGUCAUUUUGACGGCUCGUACGCUAUGUCACGUGCAGUCUGGGAGAGUUCAGUGUUUCAAAAUGGUCAAAAAUUUCACCUUUUGACCCCACUCUUUGAUUGAAAAAAGGAACUUUGCAAUGGGAAAACCUACAAGCAGUACGAAAAACGAGCAUUUAGGCUGUAAAUAUCUACUUUUGUGCGUUUCGAAAUUGGAAGUGUUCACACAAUUAUACCGCCGGCCCACCAUAUCCAUGAAAAUUCGUGAAUUUCGAUGGUGUCUUACAGAGAUUUCCUUCUAACCCAAGCCAAUUCCCAGGUAUGUUUUAAAUGAAUGUCUAAAUGUGUGAUUUAAAUAGCAUGAAGAGAAUUUGGAGUUAUACCACAUAUUAAAUAUUGCCGUCGAAAAUGAGUAACGAACUUGAGUUUUUGUUAUCCUGAAAACCUGUCCCUCAUUUUUGAAUUAUUUCAGUACGUCGAGCUUCGCUAUUGCCCUGAAAGUAUCUUUUAGUGGAAGAAAAAUAAUUUUUCUGUUCAUGGAAAGUGUCCAAAUUUCUCCAUGCGGCUUCGUUUGCGAACGCGAGGAAAGUUAAUGUUUAGGGAACAGUUCCACCUUGGGACUGAACGGGUAAAGGUUUGUCACUCGAAGACUGCCACCGAGGUGCAUUCCACCAUAAGGUACUGGCAAUCAUAUCACCACAGCUCAACCCACGCGUCAACAAAUCGGCAGGAGUUUCCUUACUAGUACAGUACCUCCAACACUCAGGAUCCCACGUGGACUGUAUUUCUGCCACUCGAUUCGCCACGAAUGGUUUCCAACGAGAACUCUGACCUUUCACCCAAUGUGGUGCCGCCAUGCUAUCAGUCCAACACACAAAACUACUCACUUCCUUAGGCAAAGUGUCUACAACAACUUCAACAAACUGGCAUUUACGACUGCUGCUAAAAGUUCCAGUCUGAGUAGUGACACUUUCUUGAUAUGUGCAACUCGCUACUUAAGAAUAAUUUGAGUCAUUUAUAACGUUUUUUUAAAAUUAUCUAUCACGGCUAUUGAAAAUUUAAAGUUUGAAAUAUAUUUUCGUUUUAGUCGAAUUCAAACAUACAGAAUUUUUUACUUCUUAGGGAGAUUGUUUGCUAAACACCAAACUUUAAGUUCCUAGUGUUGGACUUUCAGUAGCAGGUCUAGAACACACAAAAUUCGGCUUUUAUCAAUUUCAAAGUUUUUUGUUUAUUGUUGUCAUAGUAAUAUCGAUUUUACUUAAAACUACAUUUUCAAAAAUUUCAAUCCAUAGCCAGUUACUGGUGAAAAUUUUAUAGCCAUCGGAUAAGGAAAAAAUCACUUUUAAGGCUACUGAAAAAUAUCGGUAUGGCCUCUGAAAAAAAGGAGACGAAUUUCGUUGAAAGGAAGCAUGAUAAAUUUAAAGAGGCGGUCAGAAAAUGAGAAAUGCCAGAAAUGUGAGCGGUACUAAGGUGAAAAUGAGCGGCAGUGAAAAAAAGUGCACAGGAAUUCAUGCGGUAUUUCCAUCAUGAAACGUCUAUAAAUUAGGACGUUUAAUGUUGUCGUCGAGCAAAACAACGGCAAAUGAAUGUACAAAAAAGUGUGCUGCAGUGCAUGCAAAGGUGCUCUUAUUUUGCUAAUAGACCUCUUUAGCUUGUAAGUUUUGUUUUCCUCAUACAGGUCAUGUGAUAAAUACUCUAGAGCCAUUGGUUUCUUUCAGAUUUCGUCUAAAAAAAAGAGUGUGUUCCUUUCGGUGAAUCCAAAAACGGAUUUUAGAUCUAAAAACGGAUUUCGCGUUCCUUUCGGCAAAUCCAAAUCCGGAUUUUUGAUCUGGUGAAUCCUUUUUGAAAAAGCAUUCAUUGGAUUUGAAAUCCGAGGAAUCCAAAUCCAGAUUAACGGAUUAGUGAUCUACGCUGUUUCAUUCACAGUGGAUUCGAAAUUAGUCAGAUGAUCCAGCGGUAUUUCCAGUUGAAGUAUUCCCAUAGAGGCCGUAGAGUUUCCUCGUUACUGUCAUUUUCCGCAAAACAUCUGAAACCAUUAGAAGAUUGUUCCUGGUACAUUGAAAUAUCCAUUUACUAACCAUUUGUCUCUAAAGAUUGCUUGAAAUCAGAAAUAAGUAAAAGUAACAAAUGAACUGCUAUCUAACUACAAACUCGCUUGUAGACGCGACCGGCAUUCGAUCGUGCUACAUAAAAAAAUCCGAGCUAUUGAACUGGAUCAAACUGGCCGACAUUCUUUAGAUAAUUUUCAAUUUUAAUGCGCUUCUUUCUUUGUCUGUUUUAUAUGUUCCAUCGUCGCUAUUCGAACUGCCGACCACUAAAUUCUGCACGGUAUAAUCGCAUAAUUUGUCAAACAGUAGAAAACACGUCAUUUUUUGAGAGGCGGUCGUGCAUAUUGCACCCGUUGGCGAAAGGUUACCAAGGUUACAAAUCCAAUUUCGGAUUUCACGUUCCUUUCGACCGAGAAAUCUGGGAAAUCUAGGAUCAAAAAUCCGUUUUUGGAUUCGCCGAAAGGAACACACCCUAAUAUUCAAGUGCAUAUGUACGCAUAAUUUAUGAAAAGACAAAGGGCGAAAACAAAACAUUCAAGCUAUAGUAAAGAGGUUUAGUAAACCUAAUGAUUUUUUGCAGUUUUCCUUCUUGUCACUGUUUAGCAUUACACGAGUUCAUUUUUUUUUUUGAGUAAACUUUAAGUAUAUAUUAACAAGAGUUUCGCUUUUAGCCAUUAAUCUAUUCAUUAAAUUGAGUGCUACUAGCUUUUCCUAAUAGACAGCUAUUAAGAGCGACGUUCAGGAAAUAUCGACCAUCGAGUGGCAAGAGUUGACAAAUCGAUUUCCUUCAUUUUUUGCCCAUAAAGAGCUUUUAGGUAGAUAAGUAAUCUGACGUAAGUUGUUCUUGCAAAAAGCCUUUUAUGUUCGAGAAAAGUAAGAAUGUCAGUUUCCGUGGUCGGAGUCUCAAAAUGGCCGUAUUUUCAACCCGAAAUUUGCUAACAUCAACUCUCCUCGCGUUCGCAAAUAAAGCCGCAAGGAGAAAUUUGGACACUUUCCAUCAAUAGAACAAAUCUUCUUCUUCCACUAGAAGAUACCGUGAUUCCGCGACUGUCAUUUUGACGGCUCGUACGCUAUGUCACGUGCAGUCUGGGAGAGUUCAGUGUUUCAAAAUGGUCAAAAAUUUCACCUUUUGACCCCACUCUUUGAUUGAAAAAAGGAACUUUGCAAUGGGAAAACCUACAAGCAGUACGAAAAACGAGCAUUUAGGCUGUAAAUAUCUACUUUUGUGCGUUUCGAAAUUGGAAGUGUUCACACAAUUAUACCGCCGGCCCACCAUAUCCAUGAAAAUUCGUGAAUUUCGAUGGUGUCUUACAGAGAUUUCCUUCUAACCCAAGCCAAUUCCCAGGUAUGUUUUAAAUGAAUGUCUAAAUGUGUGAUUUAAAUAGCAUGAAGAGAAUUUGGAGUUAUACCACAUAUUAAAUAUUGCCGUCGAAAAUGAGUAACGAACUUGAGUUUUUGUUAUCCUGAAAACCUGUCCCUCAUUUUUGAAUUAUUUCAGUACGUCGAGCUUCGCUAUUGCCCUGAAAGUAUCUUUUAGUGGAAGAAAAAUAAUUUUUCUGUUCAUGGAAAGUGUCCAAAUUUCUCCAUGCGGCUUCGUUUGCGAACGCGAGGAAAGUUAAUGUUCGCGAAUUUCAGGUUAAAAACUAGGACAGUCUGAGACUCCGACAUCGAAAACCGAUCUUCUAAUUUUUCUCACAUAUAAAAGGCUUUUGGCACGAACAAUCUAGUUUAGGUUUCAUAUCUACCUAAAAGCUAUCUAUAAACAAAAAAUGAAAGAAACUGAUUUUCCAACUCUUGCCACGAAAUUAAGAUCUUGGUCUAUUUUUAUUGACCGUCGCUCUUAAUUAAAAAUAUGUAUGCAACCGACAGUGAGGCUAUCUGAGCCUGUGAUUAAGCAAUGUCAGUAAGAGAUUUUAUAUAUUAGGAUGUGAGUGCAUGUUAUUGUUGUGGACUUCAUCAGAAACUUUUAAACAACUGAAAAGGGAAUUAAUGUUAACUAAUUUUUUUAGCUAAAAUUUUCCCACAAUUGUUUCGUCAAAAUGACAAAAUUUGCAGUGCGCGUUUUAUUAAGUCUAACUCGCAUUUUGUUUCAAACGCCACAAAAAAACUCCCACUCGUUAUUUAAUUAAGCAGUAAAAGGAUUAUGUAAUUACGAAUUGGAUCGACUUUUGAGGAAACAUAUAUUAUUGUUAUGGCUAAGUAUAAGCUAAGUUCAUAAAAUAAAAUGCGUAGGAUGUAGUUCCAAUUAGUACUCCCUUCCUUCCCACACAACGAACUGAUAUUUUAUUCCUGUGUCACCAGCAGCCAUCUGCCAGCCGGAAAGCAUAAAAGAAAAUUAAUUGAUGGCAAAUCACAAAGUAUAUUACUUUCUACAAAAAAAACAGUCAUUAUAUUAAGCGCUUAGAACGCAUGCGGAUAAGCGCUAUAUAAGUGUUAUUAUUAUUAUAUUUGCGUAGCUAAAAUCACAAAUAUAACGAAACUCCAACGAGCCAUCAAAAACCGAUCGUAUGUGACUUUAACAUUCGCCUUUGAAAAAGUUCAGCCUUUCCUUGGAAAAUGAAUGAAUCAGUUUACAAAAACUACUCUACAACUUCAAGUUCGACCAUUGUCGUCGCUAACUGCCUGAUAAAUAUUCCACUGAUGUUGGCAGCCAUUUUAGGCAAUUCGUUGGUGUUAGCAGCGAUUUUAACCUCUCCGUCUCUUCGUUCGAGGGCGUCGAUGAUUUUGCUCGCUGGUUUAGCCGUUUCAGAUCUGGCAGUGGGCUUGAUUACACAGCCUUUUUAUAUCGCACAGGAACUUUCAUUAAAUGGAUUAAUCGCGAAGCUAUCAUAUACGAUGUCCUCGUCUUUAAUAGGAAUAUCCCUCGCUACAAUGGCGUUGAUAAGCGUUGACCGGGUCUUGGCUCUUCAGUGUCACAUGUCUUACUAUGCUGUGGUCACAACGCCUCGAGUUAUCUUCAUCAUGGUUUUUAUCUGGAUUCUUCACUUCUUUGUGUCGUGUAUUAGAUUACAGCUCAACACGAUUCUUAAACACGCCGCCUACGUUCUACUUGGGGUUUAUAACGCAGCUUCGAUAAUUUGCUAUAUUAAUAUUUAUCGUGUCGUUCGUCGUCAUCAGUUACAGAUUCGGAUUCAAAGACAGGCCGCUCAAAAUUCUAACACGGAAAUAAAUAUACGCAAUAUCGCAACAAUGAAAUACGCUGCUCUUAACACUUUUGUGUUCUACAUAUGUGCAUGUUUCUGCUACUUCCCAAGAGUCAUGUAUUUUCUCUCUCGCCGCGAUAACUCUGACGCAAACGAUUCUAACACGCCCUGGAUUUUCACAGCAACUUUGAUCUUUGCUAAUUCCGCGAUAAAUCCACUGUUGUAUUGUUGGCGCCUUCGUGAGCUUAGAAUAGCAGUUAAAAGCACAUUAGCAAAGAUAUCCUGCAGUGAACAACGAGAGAAUAACUAA